GUCAUAUAAAUGAAUUUUAUUCUACACUGCCGAUGCUCAGCAACUUAAAAGGUACAGGGAACUUAUUGCGGUGUUUCUUGACUGGUUGUGGCUAGUUGCAACUAUGGGGUUGGAUGCUGUGGCGAGAUUGGGGGUGCGGAUAUUGUCGGAUGAUGAUCAGGUCUCUGUGGAUUCAAUAAAUCUGUUUGUAGCUCUUCUUUGUGGAUGCAUCGUGAUUGGUCAUCUUCUUGAAGAGAGUCGUUGGAUUAACGAGUCCAUCACCGCUCUUGUUAUCGGUUUAUUUACUGGAGGCAUCAUUUUGUUAACUACUAAAGGAAAGAGCUCUCAUCUCUUAGAAUUUGACGAACAGCUCUUCUUCAUUUAUGUUCUGCCACCUAUCAUAUUUAAUGCCGGUUUCCAGGUGAAAAAGAAGCAGUUUUUCAGGAAUUUUAUGACUAUUAUGUUGUUUGGUGCGGUCGGCACAUUGAUAUCUUUCAGCAUCAUAUCAUUUGGCGCAAAGGAGUUACUGGGAAAGCUUGAUAUUGGUUUUCUGGAGCUACGAGAUUAUCUCGCGAUUGGGGCUAUUUUUUCAGCAACAGACUCUGUUUGCACCUUGCAGGUGCUUAAUCAGGACGAGACGCCUCUACUCUACAGUCUAGUCUUUGGGGAAGGAGUGGUAAAUGAUGCAACAUCUGUGGUACUUUUUAAUGCGAUCCAGAAGUUGGAUCUCUCCCACAUAAACUCACGGGUUGCUUUAUCGUUUACUGGAAAUUUACUCUACCUGUUUCUUGCAAGCACUUUCCUGGGAGUUUUGGUCGGAUUGCUAAGUGCUUACCUAAUAAAAUGGAUAUAUCUUGGCAGGCACUCAACUGAUCGUGAAGUUGCUCUCAUGAUUCUCAUGGCUUACCUUUCAUAUGUGAUGGCAGAACUGUUUGACUUAAGCGGAAUUCUUACAGUAUUUUUCUGUGGGAUUGUCAUGUCACACUAUACCUGGCAUAAUGUGACCACCAAUUCUAAAGUGACAACAAGGCAUGCUUUUGCAACGCUGUCAUUUAUUGCGGAGAUUUUCAUUUUCCUUUAUGUUGGUAUGGAUGCCUUAGAUAUUGAGAAAUGGAGAUUCGUUAAAGACAGUCCUGGAAAAUCUGUUGGAGUAAGCGCUACGCUGCUUGGCCUGGUUCUGGUUGGUAGGGCGUGCUUUGUGUUCCCGUUGUCUCUGUUAUCCAAUUUUCUGAAACGAUCCGAGCAUGACAAGUUUGGUCUCAAACAACAGGUUACAAUAUGGUGGGCUGGUUUAAUGCGAGGAUCUGUCUCCAUGGCCUUGGCUUAUAACCAGUUUACCAGGUUUGGCCACACCCAACAGCCAGGAAAUGCAGUUAUGAUCACCAGCACAAUUACAAUAGUUCUCUUCAGUACAGUGGUGUUUGGGUUGAUAACCAAGCCCCUUGUACGGUUCUUGUUGCCUUCAUCACAAGGUGUCAACGGCCUGAUUUCUUCCGAGCAAUCGUUUGCACGUCCACUGCUCACCAACGGGCAAGACCCGGAAGUUGAGAUGGGAAAUGUUGAUUUUCGUCGACCAGCCAUUUUGAGUAUGCUACUGAAGAAACCUUCUCACACUAUUCAUAACUAUUGGAGAAAGUUCGAUGAUGCUUUUAUGCGGCCCCUAUUCGGAGGCAGGGGAUUCGUGCCCGAUGCACCCGAGUUAUCCAAAGGAGGAUGUGAUCAAUAUUAACAUUGUAAAAACAAGAGAGUUUCUUGAAGUUUUAUUAACUUACUAACUUCAGUGUUUAGUGUUUUAACUGUAAUCAUGGGCGGAGCUAGGGCGCCGAAAGGGGGUUCAUCCAAAUCCGCUUGGCCAGAAAAUUACAUUGCAUAUAUAAGGUCAAGAUUAUCGUCCAUGUAUAUAUAUAAAGUAAAUGAUGAAUCCUUAUUUUACUAUUUUAUACUUUAAAUCUUCUUUGUGAAUGUUCUGGCUCCGCUACACCUACUAUGAUAUUGUAGAUAAUCAUUCAUUGUAUCUCAUUGGUUACUUACUUACAUGCUUGUAUGUAGUACAAUAUUUAAUGUGGAAUUAUGAUUUAACAUAAUAUCACUGAGCUGUUGUGGCUUUGUAUUUUUGCUUA